UACUCUUACAGCUAAUGUAGACGAACCUUUAGUUUUCUCACUUUAACUUGUUGCACCAGUUCAGCAGUGCAGACAAAACGAACAGGCCUAUUAGCGAGACGGCAGACUUUUGUAAAUUCAGAAGCAGUUAUUGCGUUUGACAUAUCGAUGUUGAGCAAAGUAUAACGACCGAUUAGCACGUUUAUUUCAUGUAAGUAAAUAUCUGAGAUAGUGAUCGAGCAUAAUGGCAGACCCAGGAGGAGGAUGGAUGCCUAGCCAAGACAAUGAUUUUACGAAUUUUCAAUCGAAUGACAGCUUCAAUUUGAAUGAAGUUACUGGCAUCGAUGAUCUUCUCACCAAUUGUGAAAAUGAAUUAUUGAAAAAUGAAAAUUUAUUCAGCGAUGAAGCUUUACUCUCUGAAUUGGAUGAAUCUAUACCAAUGGGUGGAGAUACAUUUGAUUUCUUGACUCUCAAUAAUACUGAUGAGUUUAAAGAUUUUAAAGAUUUCAAGGAUUCAAGCAUUCUUGAACCACCAAAUUCAAAUGUUAUUAUCACACAAUCAGUAACAGAUAACAGUCAACCUAUCCCUUGUGUGCAACAAGAUAUUACAUCUGUACAAAAUAGACCACAGAGGAUAUCAGUGGCUACAACACCUACAGUCUUUAAUUCACAGUAUACUAUACCUUCGAAUGUAAGUUUUAAUGUACAAUCACCUGUUGUGACUUUGGCUCCAGUACCCCAGCAGAGACAACUGAUUCUACCAGCCAAGAUAAUAAAAUCCGAGUCUCUUGUGUAUUCGAGAGGUACACAGGCUGUUACAUCAACUUCUGUACCACAUCAGAUACGUACCUUGGUGAAUACUGCAAAUGGAACAGUUUUAGCUACUGGAAUUCCUGUGGUACUUGAUACCGAAAAAGUACAAAUCAAUCGUCUAAACACAGGCACUCAUGUGGGAGUACCAAGGGUAAGAGAAGUGAAACGCAGCGCUCAUAAUGCUAUCGAACGACGAUAUAGGACAUCAAUUAACGACAAGAUUAUCGAAUUGAAGAAUAUUAUUGUCGGUGUUGAGGCUAAGUUAAAUAAAUCGGCGAUCUUACGAAAAACUAUAGAUUACAUCAGAUUUUUGCAAAACUCCAAUACGAAAUUAAAAGCUGAAAAUAUGUCAUUGAAAAUGGCAGCUCAACGACAAAAUCUUCGCGAUUUACUGACAUGUGGAGAACUAACACCUCCACGUUCAGACUCCAGCGAGCCAUCACUCUCACCCGCACCCGCGCCACUAUCACCACCUUCUCCAUCGUCUGUAAAGGAUGAUACGGAUGCGUUACAAAAUCUGCAUCCUAUGGCUGCAUCAUCCAAUGGAGGCAUGAGGGAUCAUACGCGGUUAACUUUGUGUGGAUUCAUGUUGUUGUUCUUAGCGUUUAAUCCUCUGGGUAUACUUAUAAACAAUGUUGGAAAAUUCAAUUACGAUUAUUUAAAUACAAAAUUGGAUGGACGAACGAUACUCAAUUAUCAAGCAGAUCAAUCAGAAUCAGACAAACUAUUAUGGAGUAGCGUCAUUCUAUGGCUGACCAAUCUGAUACUUCUGGCGGGUGGUCUUUGUAAAUUGUUACGGUAUGGCGAUCCCAUCUUACCGACGGACAGCAAAGUUUUCCUCGAAUUACGACGUUGGAGACGUCAGGCUGAAUUCAACAUUUCUAAACACGAAUAUAAUCAAGCGUAUCGGGAUUUACAUCAAUGUCUGCAAUAUUUCGGCCGGUCUUUCCCGUUAUCACGGACAGAAACCUUUCUAGCUACUAUGUGGCAGAUAGUGAGACAAGUGCUUCACAAAUUGUGGCUAGGAAGGUGGGUAAUGCAGAUCAACAAGUGGCUGUCAGACAAGUCCGAACGACAAGAGGCGGAAAUGUCCGCUAUGGAAAUAGCUAUUGUCUACCAAUACACGCUUUGCCUUCGACUCUCUGAGGGAACGAGGAGCCCGAAUCUAUAUUUUGCUCUUUGCGCGCUUAAUUAUGCGGAGGCCGCUGGCGAGAGUAUGCCAAAGCCUCUUUUGGCAGAGAUAUACGUGAACACCGCCUUAUGCCUCAAGCAAUCUUUCUUUCCGUACGUACACAAAUAUUAUUUGGGCAAGGCACGUGUCCUUUUAUCCUCGUGCACUGUGCCGCCGAAAUUGAAAUGGAUCAUGACCGACGAAGGUGCGAGGUUCUUGGCGUCUUACAAAUGGCAAUAUAAGAAUCAACGAUCCGAUAGUGAAUUCACAUCGCAGAGCAGCAAAGCGGAUCCUGUGUCUUACGUGGCUCGCGCAUACAGGGAUCAUUUGUUUGAGCAAUGCCUACGUUUGCUGACUGGUACGGCUGGAGAAUAUCAUGCAUCCUCCGUGCUCGAGUUAGGACAAAUCAUUAUGGCCUCUGCUGGAGUGGAUGCUUCUUUCCCGAGUACUGACCAAGUUAGCGUAGCGACAUGUGAAGAUGAAGUUGGAUUAUGGUGGGGAGCAGUAAUGUGCGUUGCUGCGAGUUGGAGAUUAGGGGAAGAGAACUCGGAAGCCUGGAGUGUUGUAGAACGUAAAUUCCCUUACAAAAGAAAUUUCCAAAUUGGUGACAGUAACAGUAGAAGUAGCCCGUUACCGCACGCAGUACUCAACGUUUUACAGGCGGCGAAACAUUCGUCGAAGCUAGCCUCCAUGCGUUUCAUUGAUCAGGCUGGAUUACUGCUCGAACAAUCGAUGGUGUAUUAUCACUGCAAAGAACAAUCGUCGCAGCAGAUCCUGCUUAUUCAGCUGUUGAUCUGCGACUGGCUCUUAGAGUUACGCACAACAUUGUGGCAAGAUUUGGAUGCAGAAUUAGAUAGAUCAGCUGCAAAUGUGUCACUUGCAAAUUUCCAACGUGAUUUAGCAUGCUUGAGACAAUUGUGUCAACAUAUUCCGUCUGUAUUGGCACGAGUGUUUCUGUACGAGGCUACAGCACGUAUCAUGGCUGGCGCGACGCCAGUAAAAACGCAAAUCCUGCUGGAUCGAAGUUCACACCACAGGAAUUCGCGCUCCUCUAUCAUCUGCGGCAAAGAUCGAUCGCAGGAACAGAGUAACGGUGAAAGGGAGCACGCUGUUGCGUUGUACCUGACUUGCAGGUACUUGCCGACGCUGCUAUUAGUGUCACCUGGCGCACGUGACGGUAUGCUCACUGAGGCCGCUAAAACGCUCGAACGCAUAGGGGACCGAAAGCGUCUCCUGGAAUGUUACAAACUGAUGCAACAGCUAAGUUCUACUAUCACAGUUAAUUAGUUAUCGUCUAAUAACUGCAUAUCUUUUGUGUUGUUAGCAAUCAUCAGCAGAAUUCCUAUUAAUUUCAGUGAUUUAAAUUAUUAAUAUAUGAUUGAUCUUUUCUCAAUUAAAAGCUUUUAUAAAAUUUAGAAUAGGAUAUUAGAGA